AUGUUUGGAAUACCUUUUCCUGGAGCUUUUGGUCAUUUUGCUUAUCAUGAUGACGAAUUCGAAGAUGAAUUUGAUGAAUAACUUUAACCCCAAGAUGUAGAUAAUAAAGAACUAUAUGAUAUAUUAGAAAUUCCUCCUUAAUCAGAUAUUAAUUCUGUUAAAUAAGCUUAUAAAACAUUAGCUAAAAAAUAUCAUCCUGAUAGACCUGGAGGAGAUUAAUAAAAAUUCUAAAUGCUCUAAAAGGCAAAUGAAGUGUUAUCAGAUCCUGAAAAAAAGAAAAUUUAUGACAAAUUUGGAAAAUAAGGAUUAGUUAAAUAGAUGAAUGUUAAGAAUCAACAAUUUAAAAAAUGUGAACCUUAUAAACUAAAUCAUAAAAUCACUCUUAAGGAUGUAGCCUUAGGGGCAUAUCAUAAAAAGACUUUAAAUGAUAUUACAAGAUCUUGUGAAGAAUGCUAAGGGUAAGGAGGCAAAUAAUCUAUUACAUGUCCAUCAUGUAAAGGACAUAAAAUAGUGUAAAUGGUAGUGGAAGUAUAACCUGGAAUAAAUAUGCUAUAAUAAGCACCUUGUCCUGAUUGCAAAGGGUAUAAAUCUAUUAUAGAAUCAUUGUUAGAAAGGGAAAGGCUAUUUCAAAGGAGGAUGAAUGCAAAUCAUGUAAAGGAUUAGGAAAUGUUGAGGGAGUAGUCGAAAUUGAAAUACCAAUUGAAAAGGGAGUUCCUGAUGGUUAUUGUGUGAAAUUAUAUGGAAAAGGCAAUUCUAGAGUAUUUUAAUAGAAUAUAUUAGCCUGGAUAUGAAACAGGAGAUGUUUAUGCUUAUCUUGAAAUAGAAUAGCACCCAAAAUUUAUUAGAAAAGGAACUGAUUUAUUUUAUUAACAUACAAUAUCUUUGAAGGAAGCAUUAAUUGGUGUUAAUAUUGAAUUAGAAACCUUAGAUGAAAAAGUGAUUAAUAUAACAACAGACAAAGUAAUAAAGCCAAAUCAAAUAUUAACAAUAAAAGAGAAAGGUUUACCUACUUUUAAGGAUGAACUUCAUUUUGGGGAUUUACAUAUUUAAUUUUAUAUAGAGUUUCCUAAAGAAUUGGAUCAAGAUGUUACUAAGAAAUUAGCAGAAGUAUUUAUAAAUAUUAGUUUUUUAUAGAUUUUACCAGGUCCAUAAUUUACAUCUAAAUAAAAUAGUAUAAAGUUAGAAUAGUUUAAAUUUGAAGAUUUUGAGAAGCAUUAAGCAAGAAUAGAAGAUAAUGAAGAUGAUGAAUUUAAUCAAAAUGGGAUUGAUUGUUCAAUAUUUUGA